AUGCCAAGGAAAAAAUCAAAUAUCGGAAGAUCAACGAGAAAUACGAAGAAACAGGCAACCAGAAGAACUAAAGAAACACCGCAACAACAAACAACACGAUUAGAAUCAAACAGACUUCGAGCUUCGUUUUUGAGAGCUAAUGAAACAGAUAGUGUACGUGUUGUUCGAGUUACAGACCUAAGAUCAAGAGCGUCUUCAUCAAGAGCUGCCGAAAAACCUGACGAACGAGCUCAACGUUUGGAUGAUCAAAGAUUAAGACAAAAUCAGUUAAGAACUAAAAGCGAUCUUAAUAAAGCAGCCUUUAAUUACGAUAAGAAAUAUGAUUACAAGAUCCAUCCCGAUGUGGUCAUUGGUUUAAUGAAUGUAGUAUGUCCGCAUUGUCGCGCUAAGAAGUUUCAAAAAGAAACUGCCGGUUUGUGUUGCUCCAACGGCAAAGUUCAUUUACCACCACAUGUUGAACCACCAGAACCUCUUCUUACCUACGUAUCUGGAACUACUAAGGAGUCUAAACAUUUUCUUCAGCAUAUUAGAAAAUACAACUCCUGUUUUCAAAUGACAUCGUUUGGAGCAACAAAUAUUGUAAAAUAUAAUCAUUUUAUGCCCACAUUUAAAGUGCAAGGACAAGUAUACCAUCAAAUUGGUUCACUUCUCCCAGUACCUGAAGAAAAUCCCCAAUUUUUGCAAAUUUAUUUCAUGGACAACGUAGAAAAAGAGAUUGACCGACGAUGCAUGUUCAGUACGACAACUAACCGGGAAAUUAUUACUAAAUUACGGAUUAUGCUUCAUGAAAAUAAUUGUUUGAUUAGAGAUUUUAAAUCUGUAUUAGAAGGUGCGACAACAGAUGAUUUCAGGGUCAUUAUUAGAGCAGAUAAAAAACCUUCGAAUGAGCAUGAAAGACGCUUUAAUGCACCCGUGGCUUCUGAAGUCGCAGCUGUAAUUGUUGGUACAGAAAUUACAAAAAGAGAUAUUAUUAUCACUAAGCGAGAUCAAACCAAGCAACGUGUCGCUGAAACACACCGAUCGUAUGACGCGCUUCAAUAUCCAAUUCUGUUUCCGCGAGCAGAAGAUGGAUAUCAUCUCGAACUAUAUCAAACUAAUCCCACGACAAGCGCUGUGACAUUGAAGAGAGUUAGUUGUAUGGAUUUUUAUGCGUAUCGUAUCAUGAUAAGAGAUAAUCAAUCUAACCAUAUUCUUAAGUGUCGUCAACUGUUUCAACAAUUUAUUGUUGACAUGUACGCCAAGGUUGAAAGCGAACGACUAAACUUUAUUCGAUACAAUCAAUCGAAACUCCGAGCCGAAGAGUAUAUUCAUUUGCGAGAUACAAUAUCGAAUGAUAAAGAAGCUGCGAAUAUUGGACUAAAAGUAAUACUUCCAUCUACGUAUACUGGAAGUCCAAGACAUAUGCAGGAAUAUGCUCAGGAUGCUUUGACGUAUGUUCGAAAAUAUGGACGUCCAGAUCUUUUCAUUACCUUCACAUGUAAUCCAGCUUGGGAAGAAAUUAAGGAUUUACUUCUGCCUGGGCAGCAAUCAUCGGAUCGACAUGACCUUAUAGCAAGAGUUUUGUAA